UGGAAGGGUUUUAGGCUUCUCCUUAUGAUGGGCGGUCUCAUUGGUCUACAUCGAUUGUACCUCGAUCAGAUACCAGAAGCUUUCAUUUUUAUCUCUACAGGAGGAGUUUUCCUAUUAGGAAUCGUGUACGAUAGCUUUUAUAUUAGUAAAUAUGUUGAUUUCUAUAAUAUGAGGAAAUUGGGUGAAAUUGAAGAAGUGAAAAAGUACAAGAAUGGGAAGCUGCUAACGAACCUUUCUAGAAUGGUUCCUUUUUCUUUCUUGAAAUUCGUUGCCUCCGUUGUUUAUGCUGUAUGGCUUGCAUCAAGUGAUAAUCUGCUCAUGGUUUCUGCUUUAGCAGCUGCUGUAACAACUGGCGUAUAUAUAGUUGGAAACUGUGGCAGAGAGACUAGAAAUAUUAUUUAUAUGUGGAUCGGUAGCUUCUCGAGUACAUUUAUUUAUGUAGGUAACCUCGAGCGUUUUAUACGCGCAAUUCCGUUUGCUGCAGUUGUCUCGACAUGGCUCGGCAAUAGAACAGCGAGGAUUCGAACUCCACUAAAUCGUCCAUUUACAUGGAAACAUUUACUGGUAAAACUGAUAACAGUUCAUACGUUAAUAGUCCGGUUUGAGAAUGAAAGGUUUUGCUUCAUGUUUCAGAAAAGCGCAUGGUGGAAUGGUGAUUUUGUAGGCAAAGGUCCAAUUUGGACAGAUAUGGUGGCUGUUUUCAUCGUCGACUUACUGUAUCAAGAAGCUCAGGUUCUGGAGAAACGUAGUAAGAUUGAACCACUGAAAUGGGCUCUCUGGAGAAUGUUUCUAAUUGCAACGUUCGAUGCAUCUGCGUUUAUAUCUCAUGAAGAGUUGCGAGGAAUUUGUGCUCAGUGGGUUAAAGAUCAAGCAAAGCUGAAGGAUAAACUAGAUUCUAAUGAGAGAGUAAAUACAGCUCGAGGAUGUGACGUAAUCAACAAGUAG